AUGCAGACGAAUACCAGCAGCUCGACGGCGGAUGAGUUUCUCGACGACAACGAGAUAGUCGCUGAUGACCAUAAGCCUCCCUGGUUUCAAGACCCUACUUGCUCCAAGCCAUUCACGCUUUCUAAAACCAUUGAUCUCGACUUCGCUAAGGAAUGUUACUGCGCUGCACUCUUUCCAUGGUCUGAACAGUCUUUGGAGUCUCUGUGGCAUGGCAUGAAGAUUACCGAAGAACUUCGAGACCUAUGGAAGCAGGUGAUUUCCGACUGGUCUGGGACCCUCGCAAUUGGGGCCCUGGACUCUCUACUUGUUAUUCCACUCAAUGCCUCGAGGUCGCGUAAGGCCCUUUCAGUGUCCGUACCAAACCAAGUAGAGAACACGAGUGGAAGGAAGAAGACCGCCGUAGCGGCCUUGGGGUGGGCGCUGUCUGCUGAGGCGCCACUAGAGCCUCUCGUUGUUUUCUCAGGUGGCAGCAUCCUCUACAUCCUAAAUGCAGUGAAAGGCGAGAUCAUUAGCCACUUGCGUGGACACGGUGGGCCGAUCACAUCGAUAGUCGUUCAUCCCAAUCAUCCCUCUCUUUUCUGCACCACUUCAAGGGAUUUUACAACACGUAUAUAUGAUUUAGCAAUCUCACCGCAACAGGACCCCAACAAUCCUCACUGGCCACCAUCUAAAGCCCCAAGCCUAGGCGGAGCUCCUCACGGGCUACAAGCCAGCGAGCCGGAGGGUAUGGGCACGGGCCGAUGUGUCGCUGUUCUUUGUGGAGGCCCAUCUGGCGGUCAUGACGCUGCCGUUCUGAGCGCUGCAUUCCAUCCGACGCAUCCUCUGGUCGCUACAUGCGGACUAGAUCGAGCGGUAAAGAUAUGGAGAUUCCCCCCAGUAUCUUUCGGUAAGCUUGCUCGUGAGGACAAACCUCUCUUCAGCAGCACUCGCAUUCACAAAGCGCGCAUCAUGUCCGUGAGCUGGCUUAACACCGACACUUUGGUAACUCAUAGCGCACCCGCUCUCAUGAGGCGUCACGGUCGCAAGGAUGAUCUAUACUACGAAGAUGGCACUGUGACAAUUUUCCGGUGGAUUGGAUUUGAUAGAUUUUUUCCCCCAGGCCAAUUAUCUGAAGGGGUGCUCAGGGGGUGCUCAUCGGAUUAUCAGGAGAGCUCAUCAUUCACGCUCAUAUCCGUGACCUCGUUACCCCAGCUGAAUCGACAUGCUCACGUCACACAAACGUCCACGGGCGAUUACAUACUUGCAUUGUCUUUUCCUGACAGCGUUCGUCUGUACAAUCUCGCAAACUUCCACCCCCGCGUGAUAGCGCCAGACCCGCCUGAACCUGAUAUUGCAUCUGAUUUAAAUCACCUGCGCCUGGACGAAGAUGGAGAAGACGAUGAUCAACCAAUUACAAAACCUUUUGGGAAAUCACCCGAGUCGCAGACGUGGAAGGUUCUAGUUCCUGGUGCACAGGAAAGCGUGCAGGCUUGCAUGCUUGGCUUUGGAGGACAGUUAUUGGUUACAGUUGGGAGACGUAGGAUUUGGAUUUGGAGAGAAACCCUAAGAUAA